UGCGCAACCCUAUUUAAAGAUGUGCUGGCGCACCGAACCGCUCACAAGUUGGAGGAGUGAGGAACGCACAAGAUGUUUGAUGAAUUCAGGGCCAUCAUCACCCUCACCCUCUUCCCUUUCGCCUUGAGGCCUGGCUGGGUAUGUAUUAGUAUAUAUACAGUAUAUAUAUAUAAGUAUAUAGGUAUUUAUUGAGGAUAUGUAUGCCACCCGGUGAAGAAAACAAUGGGAUGCGUUGCACGCCAAAUAAUGCAAACGGUUCUGUUUAUUGCUUCGAGCGGGGAAAAUAAUAAUAUAAUUGGAAAAGUUGCAGGAAUGAGCAAACUAAUAAAAAAAGAAAAAUAAUAUAAUCAGAAAAGUUGCAGAAAUGGGCAAACUCAUAAAAAAGAAAAAUAAUAUAAUUGGGAAAACUUGCAGGAAUGGGCAAACUAAUAAAAAAAGAAAAAUAAUAUAAUCGGAAAAGUUGCAGAAAUGGACAAACUGAUAAAAAAGAAAAAUAAUAUAAUCAGAAAAGUUGCAGAAAUGGGCAAACUAAUAAAAAAGAAAAAUGAUAUAAUUGGAAAAGUUGCAGAAAUGGGCAAAAUAAUAAAAAAGAAAAAUAAUAUAAUCAGAAAAGUUGCAGAAAUGGGCAAACUCAUAAAAAAGAAAAAUAAUAUAAUCGGAAAAGUUGCAGAAAUGAGCAAACUAAUAAAAAAGAAAAAUAAUAUAAUUGGAAAAGUUGCAGGAAUGAGCAAACUAAUAAAAAAGAAAAAUAAUAUAAUCGGAAAAGUUGCAGGAAUGAGCAAACUAAUAAAAAAGAAAAAUAAUAUAAUCGGAAAAGUUGCAGGAAUGAGCAAACUAAUAAAAAAAGAAAAAAAAUGAUUGCAAAACUUGCAGGGAUGGGCAAACUAAUAAAAAAGAAAAAUAAUAUGAUUGGGAAAAGUUGCAGGGAUGGGCAAACUGAUGAAAAUGUUGCAGGACGUUGAAUAGGGUGAAGGUACUGCAAAUCCCAUCAUCCCUGGUCCCUCCUCUCCAUAACAACUGCCCAGCUCAUCCGCUUGGAUUCAGUAGCAUGACUCACAACAUGUCCUGGUGGUGUUCACGCCACACGUGUGUCUGGCUGUUCCCUGGGGCCAGAACAGGGGCGGAGAGGUCAGCCGGCUUCUCACCCAGAAGGUCCCACCGGUGGUGGAGAAGGUGACGCGAAGCAGAAAGAACAUCUCAGUGAGCAAUUCCCCAGGUUCAGCCUUGUAGGUGCUCAAAGGAAGUCUUGUUUUGACUUGUGGGCUGAGCAGAGAGGGUGUUAACUGGCCUGCCAGCUGUUGGGGUUUGUGCAGUUCCAUAAACUUUCCCCAUGUGUCUGCGAGAGAACCAAUGGGGACAUGACCGUGUGUGGUCAGCCUGCUCUCCCAAACGCGGGGCAUGAUGUUCGGUGGGGUGUUCGGUGCUCGGCCUCCCGGGCACCCACUGGGUGCUGUUCCGUGUCCCCCCUGCAGGUGGCAGCGCAGGCCUGCGUGUUCCCGUGCCGGUGCCCUGCGCAGGCGCUCCCGUGUCCGGCGGGCACCAGCCUGUUGCAGGACGGCUGUGGCUGCUGCAAGGUGUGCGCCCGGCAGCUGGGCGAGCGGUGCUCCGUGCACAGGCCCUGCGACCACCACCGCGGCCUCUUCUGCGACUUCUCCAGAAUCCAGAGAGACCACGGCAUCUGCUUAGCUCACGAAGGAGCCACGUGUGACUUGAUGGGGAAGACCUACUUCAACGGGGAGAGCUUCCAGCCCAGCUGCAAGAUGCAAUGCACCUGCAUGGACGGGGCCAUCGGCUGUGUCCCGCUGUGCACGGACGGGGCCCCGCUCCCCCCCACGGACUGCCCGCUCCCGUUCCAGGCAAAGGUGCAGAGCAAGUGCUGCGAGGAGUGGGUCUGUGAGCGGGGGCCCCGGAAGAGCCCCACGGGAAAGGGCCCCGCAGUCUCAGUUUACAGGAACAAGCCUGCGCACAAGGGCAAAGGCAAGGGCAAGGCCCACCGCAAGGGGAGCGUCCUCCAGAAGAACUGCCUGGUGCAGACCACCCCGUGGAGCGCCUGCUCCAAGACGUGCGGGAUGGGCAUCUCGACCAGGGUCACAAGCAACAACGCGCACUGCCGCCUGGAAAAGGAGAGCCGGCUCUGCAUGAUCCGCUUCUGCAACAUCCCCUUGGAGAAGAGCAUCAAGAAGGGAAGGAAGUGCGUGAGGCACGCGAAGCCCCGGCAAGCGAUGCGCUUUGUGUUCACGGGCUGCACCAGCGUCCGGUCCUACCGGCCCAAGUUCUGCGGCCGCUGCUCGGACGGCCGAUGCUGCACGCCACUCGUCACCAGCACCGCCCAAGUCGGCUUCACGUGUCCGGAAGGGGACUCGUUUGUCCGCAAGAUGAUGGUCAUCCGAUCCUGUUCCUGCCACUACGACUGCCCCGCCGAAAACGACAUCUUCCUGGCGAUCUACCGACGGCGGAUGAUCGGAGACCACGUCAAGCUGGAGAGGCCGUAGUAGUGGCCGGAGUGCGGAAAAGACUGCAACGCGCAGCACAUCCUGGCCUUCACCACCAUCACCAAUGGCUGUGUUGACGGUGUGAAUCUCAAAGUUGUAUUUUAUAUACUGGCAUGCAGGGCCGGCCCUAGGCAAUUUUCUUUCUUUCUUUCUUUUUUAAUAUGUAUUUAUUGAAAUUUCAUAUACCAUAAGAAAAGAUGAGAAAAAUUUAGUAUACAUCGAAAGUGGGAGAACAAUAUUUUUAUUAUAGAAAAGUAGGAAAAAUGAGAAGAAAAAAGAAAAAAAAUGAUAGUCAGAGAAAAGGAAUUAUAUAUACAGUAGAGUCUCACUUACCCAACAUUCUGGAUUAUCCAACGCAUUUUUGUAGUCAAUGUUUUCAAUACAUCAUGAUAUUUUGGUGCUAAAUUCAUAAAUACAGUAAUUACAACAUCCCAUUACUGCGCAUUGAACUGCUUUUUCUGUCAAAUUUGUUAUAUAACAGGAUGUUUUGGUGCUUAAUUUGUAAAAUCAUAACCUAAUUUGAUGUUUAAUAGGCUUCUCCUUAAUCCCUCCUUAUUAUCCAGCAUAUUCGCUUAUCCAACAUUCUGCCGGCCCGUUUAUGUUGGAUAAUUGAGACUCUACUGUAUGUGUGUAUAUAUAUAUAUAUGUGUGUGUGUGUGUGUGUGUGUGUGUGUGUGUGUGUGUAUAUAUAUAUAUAUAUAUUAUAUAUAUAAUAAAAAAUUUAAAAAAUUAAAAAAAAUUAAGAGUUCUAGACUUCCAACCUGCUCUUGCUAUUCCUUAAACCAUCAUAAUUAAUAUUCCAUUAUACUAUAUCCCCUUCGUCCUCUUCUAGUCUUGGAAAUAUUAAGCUUCAGCAGAUGAGAUCUAAUUUUGUCUGUUUUAGAUAGUCUUUGACUAAGUCCCAGUUGGUUUCUUUUUUUGGUAAUCCUUGGUUUGGGGAUAACCAAUAAGUCAACCUGUCCAUAUUCAUAAUCUCUGAUACCUUAUUUAGCCAAUCCUCUUUUUUAGGUAUUUCUUUUUGUCUCCACAUUCUUGCAUAGACUAGCCUCGCCGCUGUGACCAAAAAAUUGAACAAAAUUUCUUUAUUCUUGUCAUUUUCAAUAUCCAACAUUCCCAACAGGAAGAAUUCUGGUUGUCUUUGGAUUUUUAUUUUUAAAAUUGAUUGUAUAGAAAGCGAGACAGUUUUGGAAAGAUAUAUGGGAAGCGGCCCUAGGCAAUUUUCAAGUGUAAGCAAACAGUAUUUUGGUGCCACCCCCCCCCCCCCCCCUAAAUGCAGUGAGAGUCCUGGAGAGAUAAAUAGCAAAGAUAAUAGAGAGCCAUUGAGAUAAACAGCAAAGAUUUAAAAAGUGCCCCCAGAGGAUUGGCGCCUUGUUUAUUAUUUUAUUUAUUUACAGCAUUUAUAUUCCGCCCUUCUUUCUCACCCCGAAGGGGACUCAGGGCGGAUCACAUGACACAUAUAGGCAAACAUUCAAUGCCUUAACAUAGAACAAAGACAAAGACAAACAUAGGCUCCCAGCGGGCCUCGAACUCAUGACCUCCCGGUCAGAGUGAUUCAUUGCAGCUGGUUUCAGCUGGCUUGCUCUCCAGCCUGCGCCACAGUCCGGGCCUUCCACAUUUGCGUAUUUCGCGUAUAGGUUCAGCCGCCCAUGCUUGGUUACAUAGGGAUCGAACUCAACAAUUUGCAUCGUUAGCUUUGGUGGGAUCGAUUACUCAUACAUUAUUGACUGCUGUCUCUGGAGCUGCCCUACGUCAUCUUGCACAAAAAUAUAUACAUCAAUCACCUGGCUUUCUCAGUUUUUCUACAAGACUGAGACGCAUUGUAAGAGACUGGGGGUGCAUCUGUAUUGUACAAUUAGUGCAGUUUGAUACCACUUUAAUUGUUUGUAUGUGUUUGGGAAUAAUGCAAAAAUUAUCCAGCAACCUGCUUCCAUUCAGGAAAGAUGAAGCUCACCUGCUGGGUCUUCCAAACACAAGAUAAGGCCCAUGAUAAGCUCACCAUAAGCCCCAAAUGACUCGAAAGUGCACAACAAUGGCUAGAAUGUCUGCCAGGACUGCGUAGUUUUCACAUCUAGGAAGGCGUGAAGGGAAGAUAAGGGUGAGUAUGCAAGUAUAUAAAAUACUAGCUGUGCCCGGCCACGCGUUGCUGUGGCGAAGUCUGGUGGUCUGGGAAAUAAAGUAUUGAGGAAUUGGUGGUAGUUAAGGUCAAGGGUCAAGGUUUUCUCCUGACAUUAAGUCCAGUUGUGUCCGACUGCACACUGAAGUGGAUUAUAUGGCAGUGUGGAGUCCAGAUAAUCCAGUGCCAAGCAGAUAAUAUAAGAUUCUAAACGGGUUAUAUAGCUGUGUGGAAGGGCCUUGAGUCUACAUUGCCAUAUAAUCCAGUGCAAAUUAGAUAAUCUGUGAAAUAAGCCUAAGUGAGGCCUAAAUCUGCCUGUCCCCUCAGCUGAGUUGGUUGCUGGGAGACCAAGUGGCCAGAGAUUAGUCCUCUAACUGGCAGCAAUUGGAUAAAAACAAUUAUUCCUUUCC